GAGGACGACAUGACCAUGUGGUGAGGAGGCGGACGGAGACGCUGCAGAGCUCUUCUGUUAAAGGGACAUUUCUGAGCUCGAGUCUCUCAGGAUGUCUGCUGAUGACUCAGCCGGAAGCAAUCUGGUGUCGGUGGACUUUGAAAUCUUCGGUCACGUCCAGGGUCUGCGUCUGCUUCCGAAUGUACACAGAGAAGGAGGGUCUGCGGCUCGGGCUGGUCGGCUGGGUGAAGAACACCUACAAAGGGACGGUGGUGGGACAGGUGCAGGGUCCGGCUGACAUGGUGGAGGAGAUGAAGGUGUGGCUGAGCAAAGAAGGAAGUCCCACCAGCCGGAUCACCAGAGCCUCCUUCACCAACCAGAGGUCGAUCGACAAGCUGGAGCUCUCCGGCUUCAAGACUCGCUUCUGACCAGUGAAGCAAAGAUCCUGCAAACAGCUUCUCCACCGUCCCCUGGAAGAGGUCAGAGGUCAACGAUGCUCCUACAGAUUCAAUGAAUGAAGACUUUGGACGUCAUGAAACCACUGCUGCUGGUUUAUUCAGAGGGUGACUGAGAAUUUAUUUAUAGUUUUUAAUAAGUUGGAUGUUGGCUUUGUGUCUCCAUCUGUACAGCAAGCACCUAAAAACACUGGAACCAUCAAAGCCUGAUUUGUAUGAAUUAAAUAUCUUCCAUCGUC